UCCCAAAUGCCUGGAAACUCCUCAUCAGAUUACUGUGUUUUCAGCAGAGUUUUGUGAACGGCCUUUUCUCUUCAACCAGGAAGAAAGAUGUGGAAAGCUUCGGCCGGCCACACCGUGUCCCUCAGCCAGGACGACGGGGGAGCCGAUGACUGGGAAACCGACCCCGACUUUGUGAAUGAUGUAAGCGAAAAAGAACAAAGAUGGGGGGCCAAAACUGUGCAGGGAUCUGGGCACCAGGAGCACAUCAACAUACACAAGCUGAGAGAGAAUGUUUUUCAAGAGCACCAGACCCUUAAGGAGAAGGAGCUUGAAACAGGACCAAAAGCCUCCCACGGUUAUGGAGGGAAGUUUGGCGUGGAGCAGGACAGAAUGGACAAGUCUGCCGUCGGCCAUGAGUACCAGUCGAAGCUUUCCAAGCACUGCUCGCAGGUUGACUCCGUCCGGGGGUUUGGAGGCAAGUUUGGUGUCCAGGUGGACAGAGUUGACCAGUCUGCUGUGGGCUUCGAGUACCAGGGCAAGACAGAGAAGCACGCCUCACAGAAAGACUACUCGAGUGGUUUUGGCGGCAAGUACGGUGUGCAGGCCGACCGGGUGGACAGGAGCGCCGUGGGCUUCGACUACCAGGGCAAGACGGAGAAGCACGAGUCGCAGAAAGAUUACUCCAGAGGCUUUGGUGGCAAGUAUGGUAUUGACAAGGACAAGGUUGAUAAAAGUGCUGUCGGCUUUGAGUAUCAAGGCAAAACGGAGAAGCACGAGUCUCAGAAAGACUAUGCAAAAGGGUUUGGAGGAAAAUUUGGCGUGCAGACGGACAGACAGGACAAAUGUGCCCUUGGCUGGGAUCACCAGGAGAAGUUGCAGCUGCACGAAUCCCAAAAAGAUUAUAAGACUGGUUUCGGAGGCAGAUUUGGUGUUCAGUCCGAGAGGCAGGACUCCUGUGCUGUGGGGUUUGAUUACAAGGAGAGACUGGCCAAGCACGAGUCCCAGCAAGACUACUCCAAAGGAUUUGGUGGAAAAUAUGGAGUGCAGAAGGAUCGGAUGGACAAGAAUGCCUCCACUUUUGAGGAUGUUGCCAAGGUGGCCUCCACGUAUCAGAAGACUGUCCCCAUCGAAGCAGUGAACAGCAAAACAAGCAAUAUCAGAGCUAACUUCGAAAACCUGGCGAAGGAGAAGGAACAGGAGGACAGACGGAAGGCAGAAGCAGAGAGGGCACAAAGGAUGGCGAAGGAAAGACAAGAGCAGGAAGAGGCCCGGAGGCAGCUGGACGAGCAAGCCAGAGCCCAGAAACAAACCCCGCCUGUGUCCCCCACUCCGCAGCCGGCUCAGGAGAGGCCGCCUUCAAGCCCUGUCUAUCAGGACGCGGCUUCGUUCAAGGCCGAGCCGAGCUACAGAGGCCCCGUGAGCGAGCCCGAGCCGGAGCCGGGGCCCGAGCCCGUGUACAGCACGGAGGCCGCCGACUACCAAGAGGCCGACAGCCAGCAGGGUCCGGCCUACGCCCCGGAGGCCGUCUAUGAAACCACAGAGGCCCCGGGCCACUAUCAAGCAGAGGAAAGCACCUACGACGAGUAUGAGAAUGAUCUGGGGAUCACAGCCAUCGCCCUCUACGACUACCAGGCUGCGGGCGAUGAUGAAAUCUCCUUCGACCCCGAUGACAUCAUCACCAACAUCGAGAUGAUCGAUGACGGCUGGUGGCGUGGGCUGUGCAAGGGCAGGUACGGGCUCUUCCCGGCCAACUACGUGGAGCUGCGCCAGUGAGCGGCGCUCGCUUCUCGCGCUGCGGAUCAUGCCUGGCUUGUGCUGGGUUUUUCAGGGUGGGGAGGGGAGGAUACAUAUUGCUUUUAUAUUUAAUACUUUUGCUGAUGCUUUUGAAAUGUUUAUGCCACAGAAUUUGCUAAUAUAUUGUAAUCAUGUUCCUUA